AUUGUUUUGUUUUGUAAUUAUAAUUUUGUGAAUUAGAAAGUAAAAGCGGACAUCAUCAUGACAUCUCAAGCACUCGCUUCACUCACUGCAACAUACACGGACUCCGAAGGUGAGGAAUCUAUCGAAGAACAACAAUCUCCUGAUAAAGACAUGCUUACUGUAACGCUCUCAGCUCCUACAAGUCCUAAAAAUACGGGCGAAAGUAGCAAGCCUGGCUCGGCGCCUGUCUCACCCAGGCCGCGACUUGUUUCUUACAUCGAUGACACAAUGGUUUCGGACGAGGAGCAGCUGUCACCACCUCCAGAGAAUCAAGAUGACAUGCGACGGUUAUCUAUGGAUACGGAUACAGACGAGGCCGUGCCACGGUCUGACCUUGACGACUCGCAGGACGGUGUCACGAUACCGCCUGAACCUCCUGGCAAGUGUCCCAAGGAGUUGCAAGAGACCAUUGCAAAAUUCUACAGUCGCAUGCAAACUGACGGCCUGGACAUGAACAAAAUUAUUCAAGAUAAAAAAAACUUCCGGAACCCCAGCAUUUAUGAGAAAUUGAUACAAUUUUGUGACAUUAAUGAAUUGGACACAAAUUAUCCGCCAGAAAUAUAUGAUCCUUUAAAAUGGGGUAAAGAGUCAUACUAUGAAGAGUUGGCGCGAGUGCAGAAACUUGAGAUGGAUCGACGAGAGAAGGAGAAGAAAGAGAAAUUAGCUAAAAUAGAUUUUAUCACUGGAGUGAAGAAACCAGAGAGUGAUGAUGAGAAGAAGAGGAAAUCUAAGUGGGAUCAGGCAGCACCGAAUGUGGGUGCUAAACCUACAAUCAAACAACCAGGGCUUCUGCAGCAGCCACUUACUAGCAGUGCCACAGGGACUAAAGGCACAGUCAUUUCUGCUUUUGGAUCUCUACCCAAAAAACCUAAAAUAUGACAUUAAUACUUUUUAUUGACUUACAAAUAAAUGGACGUCGGGUCCGCACUAAAAAGUGUCCGAACUUACAGGGCGUUAAAAUCGUAUACAGAGCGUCAAUCACGCUGUAGUCUUCGUUUGUUCGACUGACAGCACACUUGUCAAUGAUGCUGUAUUGUGUGGUAAAACCUUGUAAAAAUUACUCAACUAAAGUGAAAUAACAGGAUGGUAUAUCAUAUUGUCAGUAAGUACUACAUUGUGUUAUCAUAGUUAUCAUUUAAAAGUGUUAUUUUAAGCACUAGUAUAUAUAGUAUUUAAUUUAUAUGUAAAUUAAUCGUAAAUAGAAAUUACAAAGCAAUCAAACCAAUCAAAUAGCUAACUGUCUCUUUCCGACUCAUUCCUUGCGUAAAAGACUGAAUGAGACCC